CAGAGUGAGGGGGAGGCAGAAGAACAGAGAGGAGCAGAGGGUUUUUCCUCACAUCAUGUCCUAAGAAGAACCCCAGUGGAUGGAGAUUUUUUUUUUUAAGGAUUGUAUGGCUUCACUGUGAGGACUUCUGAGAGAAUACUAUGUGCCAGCUUUCUGGAUGUCAGGAUUAAAAACAGCAUGUGGACUUUUUUUCCCUUCUUCUUGGACGGAUACAAACACCAGAUUCUUCUUUAGAUGGCUCUAAAGAUGCUGUAGUGGAAUAUAAUACGUGUAGGCGAAAUUUACAGCCCGCAUGGCUUUACCGAACUCACCGGAGUCUCCUGGAGGUGGCAAGCCGGACCCUGGCGUCAUCGACCUGGGGACCAUCUUCGUUGACUCCGAUAUCAUUUUUGGAUUUACCAGUCACCUGCUAAAGAGAAAAACACGGGUGGAGGGAUGUCCGACUGGAGGGUCUCCUGCCACCCCCAGGAAGAGACUCCUCUCUGCGGAGGACGCUCGUUGCAGCAGCCGCCCCCCUCCUGAGGGCGCCGGAUCAGUUUCUGUGGCAGAGACGGAGGCGAAGGGGGGCUUUUGUCACAAUUGUCAGAAGAAAGUGUCUGAGUUGAAGAAGCUGGCGUUGGCAGACCAAAACUCAUUAAAGGACUCGGGAUAUGCAACUUUUCUAUUCGAUCAGCUCCACACAUCCGGGAGCAAGGAAGGAGCUGCCUGCUGCCAGGUGUGUUUCACACCUCUCCACCAACUGAAGCAGGAGGCCCUGCAGACCCUCCAUGCUCCCACUCUCUGCCCAGACAUGCCGGCCCUGCCAGCCUCUUCCUUUUUACCACAGCUCACAGGUUUUGCUGUGGCAUCAUCCAUCCAUGCCAAACAACUAUCCAAAAGCCAAGCCCACUCAGCCUUUCCCUUGGGGGAGCAGCACAAGGAGCCAUUCUGGUCCCAGAAACCCUCGGCUCCAUCAAGUCCAAAGACUAGUGUUCAGGUGACGGUGGCGGGAGGGCAGUUCACUGGAUCUUUGGAUUCUGUCACCAUCCAAGCCCAGCAGUACCUCGAAGGCAUGUGGAGCAUCUCAAGGGUCAACAACUUCCUCCCUCAGCCUAAACCGGCCCAGAGCUUCAUAGGCGAUGCUGACAGAGAUAUCACAACCACCAUGGCCCCGCUCACCACCAUAACCACCACCAGCACCACCAGUAGCUGCAGCAAGAGCAGCACCUUGACGCCCUGUCGCCUCCGAGGCUCCAUGCAACCAGACCUCCCUGCCCCCGUCACCAAUACGCCCUCCUCGUCUGCGGCGGCCUCCUUCUUCAUCAGGGCAGCUCAGAAGCUGAACCUGUCCUCCAAACGGAAGAAGCACCAGCCUUCCCUGCUCCACCCACAGGAGCCUUCCGUUUAUCCCACCAACUUCAGCGGCAUCCUUCAGGCGUCGCCGCCUCCUGCCCCGCCAUGCCUGCUCAGGGCCGUGUCCAAAGUGAAAGAGAAUCCAGGGAUGGGCAAGGUAAAAGUGAUGAUGCGUAUUUGCCCAUCACUGGAGGCUACCGACUCAUCAGAGUCUCAGUCCUUUUUAAAAGUGGACAGCAGGAAAAAACAAGUGACUCUUUACGAUCCCGCAUCCAGCCCGCCGCACUCCAGUUCAGGACACAGGCGCUCCGCCACUGUUGCCGUCCCAAAGAUAUUCGCCUUUGAUGCUGUUUUUACCCAGGAUGCCUCACAAGCUGAGGUGUGCUCAGGGACAGUAGCUGAGGUCAUUCAGUCGGUGGCGAAUGGCGCAGAUGGCUGCAUCUUCUGCUUUGGCCAAGUUAAGCUUGGUAAGACAUACACCAUGAUCGGCAAAGACAGCUCUACACAGACGCUAGGUGUCGUGCCCUGCGCUAUCUCCUGGCUCUUUAAGCUCAUCAACGAGCGCCAGGAGAAGACGGGCGCUCGUUUCUCCGUCCGUGUGUCAGCGGUGGAAAUCUUCGGCAAAGAUGAGGAGCUGAGGGACUUGCUAUCGGAAGUGUCGACCGGGAACGUGCAGGAAGGCCAGUCUCCCGGCAUCCACCUUAGAGAGGAUCCCAUUUGUGGCACUCAGCUUCAGAAUCAGAGCGAACUUCAUGCCCCGACAGCCGAGAAGGCAGCCUUCUUCCUGGAUGCCGCCAUAUCUGCGCGCAGUACCAGCCGGGCCGAUGCAGAUGAGGAGGAGCGACGCAACUCCCACAUGCUGUUUACGUUGCACAUCUACCAGUACCGUGUGGAGAAGACUGGCAAGGGAGGAAUGUCUGGCGGACGGAGCAGGCUGCACCUUAUCGACUUGGGGAGCUGCGAGAAGGUCCUCAGCAAAAGCCGAGACGGAGGUGGUGGCGCUUGUCUUUCUCUGAAUGCGUUGGGAAACGUCAUCAUGGCGUUAGCGAAUGGAGCAAAACACGUACCGUACAGGGACAGCAAGCUGACAAUGUUGCUGAGAGAGUCCCUUGGCAACAUCAACUGUCGAACCACCAUGAUCGCCCACAUCUCGGAUUCUCCCAUCAACUACGCAGACUCCCUCACCACCAUCCAGCUGGCAUCUCGCAUUCACCGCAUGCGCAAAAAGAAAACAAAGUACGCAUCCAGUUCAUCUGGAGGGGAAAGUUCCUGUGAGGAAGGGAGGAUCCGUCGACCACCCCAUCUCAGGCCUUUCCAUCCUCGGACGGUGGCCCUGGACCCGGAUCUGCCCUCCCUGCUCAGUGACCCAGACUAUUCCUCCAGUAGUGAACAGUCAUGUGAUACGGUCAUAUACGUGGGGCCCGGGGGUGCUGCCAUCUCAGACAGAGAGCUCAGCGACAACGAAGGCCCCCCUGCUUUUGUUCCCAUCAUCCCUUCCCUCAACAAGAAAAGAGCGACAAAAGACGGCCCGUUAGACAGAGACCAAUUCUUUAAAUGCAACACAUUCGCUGAGCUGCAGGAGAGAUUGGAAUGCAUCGACGGAAGCGAAGAACCUGCAGCGUUUGUUGGCGAGGGCAAGCGAAGCCAGGCGAGCCCGAAAACGGAAAAAUCUAAGGAGACAGGAAGCACUGUUUCACCAAAGACUGCAAAUAUCACUUGCAACCAAGAUAACAUCCCUGCUAAAUCUGUUGCUGUGCAGCCAUUUUGUAGCCCUGGCACAAAACCCAAAGCUGACAUCUCAACAAGGCAACCUGCGGAAUGGAAACCAUCUGAUUGUGUUUCAAAUGUGUGCAGAACAAGCGCUGACGGAGAGAGGAACUUGCCGUCAGAAAACGUAAGUGCUGAUAAACUGUCAGCUGCCGCGACGACUGAUCCCGAGCCAGUUGUAAGGGAGAAGGUCUACUUCAACAGGAAAGCCUCCAGCAAGGAAAAUCCAGAAAAGGAGGAGCGAUCAAACACUAGAAUGCCUCCAGUCGGAAUGAGCCACCAAGCUGUGAAAAUGAGGGAUCCUUGCUCUUCCCCAAUUCUCCGAGCUCCGCUGGAGGUUUGCCAGGUUCGCUCCACCUUACGGGAAAGAUGUUUUGAUCGGGACAUACUCAGAGCGACUGUUACCCUGCAGCAGCCUGUGGAGCUGAAUGGAGAGGACGAGCUUGUGUUCACUGUGGUGGAGGAGUUGUCCAUAGGCAGUAUUGUUGAUAAGGGUCGGCCAUCCAGCAUUAUCAGCUUUAACAGCGAUUGCUCCUUGCAGGCACUCGCCUCGGGCUCCAGACCGGUUAGCAUCAUUAGCAGCAUCAAUGACGAAUUUGACGCCUACACGUCGUCUGUCGGAGGAUCUGAUGUGAACAUUGUAUUGGUGACACCACCGCAGGAAGGAGCGAUGGAGUGUAUAGAUAGCAGGGGUUCAUCUAUUAGCUCAUGGCUUAGCGAAGUUAGCGUGUGCACGCUAGAGAGUGAAGGGGCUCAAUCCUCUGACGUCUUUCUUCCACCGGGCAAGAGCAUGGCACCGGAAGCCACCUUUAAUUUUGAUUCCCUUGACAUGUUCCAUUGUGUUUCAUCUCCUAGAGAUGCCAAGAAUUCCUUAAAUGAUAGCGGAUUUAGUUUUUCCGAACAGGACAGUGACAGUGCCGCCUCAAGCAAACUAUCCUUGACAAAGUGCCCGCCGUCUCCUGAUUCAACCAAAGGUUCCCUUAGAUUUCCGUCUAAAAUAACAAAAACCCAUUCACUCAGCUCCUCGCUUCCGCAAAGUUCUUCCAUAGUUCACUCCAGUCUUCCAAGGAAGGUGAAACCUACCUCGUCCAUCUCCAGCAGUAGCAGUAGCAGCAACAGCAGAGAGGCAAGACAAGAGGCGAAGCAGGAAAGUCCGUGGCAGCGCGUCCAACCUCAGCCUUCUGACUCCGGCAACACCAGCAGGUUUGUCAGAAACCCCCCCAGCGGUAUCUCUUCAAGCAAAAUAUCCAACAACUGCAGCAGUGCACCUCGGCCAUCCAAGGCGCAUGGGUCUACCUCAUCCCAAAGGGUGGUCGACGGAUGCGAGAAGUCGACUAGUAAGAAAUGCGAUCCUCCCAGCAGGAUGCCCCAGCUGAGAAGAGGUGCCACUACUCUAGGAACAGUCCCGGUCAUCCAUUCCUCGGUGGACUCCAAGGGAGCCCAGGAUGCUGUUGCAGCUCCAAGCCUUAAGUUCUCCUCUCUCGGGAAAAACAACAAGGCUAAUUCACAGAAAUCAAGUCAUCUACCCAGACCUGGUUGUACAUCCCCUCCUCCGCCACCAGUGAGAAAGUCCAGUCUCGACCAAAAGACUAAGAUCCUGCUACCCCAAAGUGCCUUAAAGUCAGCAUAUGGGGACGCAGCAAGGGGCUUUGGAGCCAGGGCGGCUGUAUCGGAGGAUGAGACUGAUGUCUGUCACAGAAUGGAUUCCACCAUUUUAAAAACCUCCAGCCUUAAAGGUGAACACAAUGUCAGAGUUACUUCUAGUCUGAAGCCCAGAGGAACAAGAGGCGAUGCUGGACAUCAUUUUGGGAGUCAGAUGUCCUUGGAGCGAUGUGAAAGCCUCUCUCUGUCCAGCCCCAGACUCGGACUUAGUCGGGAAAACAGCGGAGCAAGUCUGGGAAGCAGUAGUAGUAGUAGUAAAGUUGGCAAAUCGAUACAAAGAUUUGGUAUUCCUAAUUCUUCAAGUUCCCCCAUUGCUACGUGCCCAUCAUCUCCAGGUGGAGGAACCGUAAGCAAAACCGGUCAAGUCAAAGCAUCAGGAAAUCCUCGAGCGUUAGGAGCAAUCAAUAGCAGCAAAGCACGCUCGCUGUCCGCCAACAGUUCCAAAGGCUUGAGCUCCUCCACUAAAUCUUUGACUACGUCUGGGACUAGGAAUACCAAUGCCAACCUCCCUCCUUCAGGAAGAACCUCAUCUCCUCGCACCGCUGCCGCUGUCGGUAACAGUACCAAACCCGGGAGAGGGACCAUCAUGGGCACGAAGCAGGCCAUACGAGCCGCUAACAGCCGUGUCAGCGAACUAGCAACGGGAAGCACAUCAGGCAAACCCGUGAGAGGUUCUGGAGAUUCAGACAGCGGGAACGACAGUGGCGUAAACGUGGGCGACGACAAAUCAGCCGCUGCUAUGCUACCUUCUCCGUACAGCAAAAUAACAGCACCUCGGCGGCCCCAGCGUUACAGCAGCGGUCACGGCAGUGACAACAGUAGCGUGUUGAGCGGCGAGUUGCCUCCCGCGAUGGGUCGCACGGCACUUUUCUAUCACAGCGGUGGCAGCAGCGGAUACGAGAGUAUGAUCCGUGACAGCGAAGCUACGGGGAGUGCUUCCUCUGCCCACGACUCCAUGAGCGAGAGCGGCAUGUCCUCUUCGGGCAGAACGAGGAGCUCCAAAUGUCCCAAGAAGAGAGCAACCGGCUUCCAGAGAAGACGUCUCAUCCCUGCGCCCCUGCCAGACACCUCCUCCUUGGGGAAGAAAGUCGGCACGGCGGGCCAGUGGGUGGACUUGCCUCCUAUGUCGGGAACGCUGAAGGAGCCUUUUGAAAUCAAGGUCUACGAGAUCGAUGACGUGGAACGGCUUCAGAGACGACGUCAGGAACAAGUUAUGGAGCAACCAUUCCAGGAUGUUGACAAGGGUUUGUUGUAUUUUAACAAUAAGUUGAAGAUGUUGGAGAGAAGGCAACAGCAAGUAAAAGAACUGAAGACCAAGCAUGAGGUGUUGAUGGAGGAACUGGAGGACACCAAGGCCCGGCUGAUGAUGGACCCCAGCAAGUGGACUGGAGAGUUCGACGUGGACCAGAGUUUGGAUAAAGAUUCUCUGGAGUACCUGGAGGUUUUGGCGCGGGUCACGGAGGAGCUGGAGUUUUGCGUCAACUUGUGCAAGUCGCGAGUCAUGAUGGUGACGUGCUUCGACAUCAGCAGCACGCCAUCAGCCGCCGCCUCCGCCGCCGCCGCUCAGGAGGGACCACGAGAAGUUGAAGUCUGAGGACGAGCGAAAGUCGAUGCGGAAGUGAAAAAAAAAAAAAAAAGCCAAGGAUGGUUAAAUGUAGCAGCCGCUUCACCGAUUUUGUGACGAAGGCAGCGUGUCUUUGCAUGGAAAUAGGAUCUGGCAACCACUUUGCUGCAGUGCCUCGUUGGACAGGACAUGUUUGAAUGGCGGCGAAACGAAACGUGAGCACAAAAUUCCCUUACGGUAUAGCAGUGGCCGUCACUUACUGGAAAGUUAGUGUAACACCCGGAAGUGCCUUUUUGUAUUCAUAUUUUCAUUUGGUGCAGGUAUCUUAAACAUACCUAAGCAAACACUGAACAUACCGCUUUGAAAGAAACAUAUUUUAUAUUGAAUUGUAAAGUGUAUUUAUGAUUAUGUGGUGUGUUCAAGUCUCAUUCAAAGGGGGGUAAAGAGGAAAAAAAAAAAAAAAGCAAUAAGCUAAUGUUAUUGCGCUCCCAGAUUUGCCUUUUUUGGUCUUAUUUGAAACCUCAGCAUGUUUUCAUGUUCAUUCAACCUCUUGCGCCUUACUUUAGUCUGCUUUUGUAGUCUCUUUCCGUUCCACCCGGACUAUGUUCUCUCAUUAAGGAUGCAUUUGCUGUUGUCGGAAGCUCACAAGGUGGAGUGAAUGUUUUAUUUGUCCCUCCAGUUGCCUUGAUCGCAAUGAGUCUCGGCGGAUGCGCUAAGGCAGAGCAGCGUUUAUAAGACGGUGCUCGUUCAUGUUAGUUCAUGAGACAUGAAGCCAAAACAUAUCAAUCAGAGAGCCACUGUGAUGACGGACGGUUUAGUGUUUGUGUUCUCUUUGGUGCCUCCACAUGUGCUCAUGUAAGCUUUUUUUUUUUUUUUAUACAAGCGCGACGUGGGGAUCGAACUGUACAAUGUCAAACAAAAAAAAAAAAGGCAUAAGAGGAGGAAGCACAAAUCUGCCUGUUGUUGAGUUUUUCUUUGUUUAUAGCCGAGCCUCAGCUCUAUGCAUUCCAACACUUUUUUACUGAAACUACUGUCAGACUAUCAUUACCGAGCAAAGUUUGGCUUCUGUUUAUUUUUUAUUUGUUUGCAUCUCAGUAAGUUUAAAAAUGGCGUUGUACUACUCCGCUCCAUCGUUGCUAACUUUGUGCGAGUAAGAGUAAAUCUGGUCAUCUGAGAGAACAAAGACGAUCACUGGAAAUGCUUGUUAUGGAAAAACAAAAUGGCUUUUUUUUGUAUAACAAUAAGAAUUUCUUUACUUUGUUCAAAAGACGUUACUCUCUCAGGCCCUCUCUGAAGAUGCUGCAUGAGAUUUUUUUAAUCAUUUUUAGGGAUGAUUUCUACUCCAUUUUUACCAUUCUAAUUUUUUACAAUAGCUUCACUGUUGUGGGUUUUAGGCUUAUGAAUUAAAAAACCUAGUACCAAACCGAGACCUUUUUUCCAAGAAAUUAUUUUAAUGUAAGGUCAUGUUUCAUAUCGAAACCCAUAUUUUUUCGAAUAUCUUUGAUUUUUGUAUAGGAUUUUCAAACCCUGUGUAUAAAUGUAUGAUAUGGCAGCUUGUGUUUUACUUUUACAGUAUCUGUGAAUAAAAUACUUCUUACUGAUGAU